GGGGUUACCCCAAUAUAUAUACACAGCUCCUCGCAGCUCAGACGCUUCUCCGAUCGUUAAAUACACUUGACAUAUUGAUUUUCUAGGGUUUAAGCAUCCCUCCCCCGAUCGCAUCGAAGUAAUAAGAGGCAUUCUUCUCCGCAAUCAAACAAUGGUUCUUUUACAGCCGGAUCCGUUUCUUAACGAACUUACUAGCAUGUUCGAGAAAAGCACCGAGAAAGGUUCCGUUUGGGUUACCUUUAAACGAUCAUCCAUGAAGUCUAAGGUGCAGAGGAAUAAAAUGAAAACUGCCGGUGAAGAAAUUGAUUACCGAUGCCUUAUUCGUGCAACACUUGGGAAUAAGACAAUUUCUACUUCGGUUGGCCCGAAGGAACACCAGCGCUUCCAAUCAUCAUAUGCAACUGUCCUAAAGGCUCACAUGACAGCUUUAAAGAAGCGGGAGAGGAAGGAAAAGAAGAAGGCUGCAGAAUCAGAUAAGAAAGGAGGUGUAAAGAAACCCAAGAGAGUUUGAAGGAGUCCUUUUCUGUACAGCCCCGUGCGAAACUGGAAUUAAUUUUUUGCUUAUGUUUCGAUUUCAACUUUUUUUUCGAGGAUUUAGAAUCGGAAAAAAAGGAAAAAGAAAAUUUCCCAAUUUUUUGUGCUUAUAGGAAUUGAGCGCAAACUGUAAUCUGCUGGAUAUGGUUCUCAUGAUUUUGGAUGAAUCAGAAGGAAGAUUUUUGCA